AUGGUGGGCCGCUUGGAGGGCAGUGAAGCAGCACUAGCACCAGCAGCUGGGCAAUCUUCUGAGGGCUCUGAGAUGGGUGCGGAUAACUGCGCUCGAAAGGGAGCUCCUGGCCGCGAUGGGGAUCCCAAGGUCUUGAAGCUAGCGACGAGCCGCCACGGAAAAAUCAAAGACGUGGCCGAAAGCGAUUCUGAUGAGCCCAGAAAACUCGAAUCCAAAGGCGGUGGGGCCGGUGCCGAUAACGACAAAGUGGACGAUGACGAGGGCUUGGCGCUUGAUGUGGUCGGCAUAUUGCCGUGGCCUGAACGCGCACGCAGCCCCAGACCUCGCCACAAGCCCACUUGGCUUGAUGAGGGCGAUGAUGGCGACGAUGAAGCCCUCGAUAUGGAAGAGGAAGAGGGGGUUUUCGUCGUUCCCUCGCCACUCGCCAAGAGGAAGAGAGAAGGGGCGGGAGGGAAAGGUGCGGGCGUCGAACUCGAAUCAAGCUCCAAGCGGCGGCCGGGUGCUGGUGCCGGUGCUGGUUCUUCUCUCGAAGAGGUGGUUAAGGUUGAGGAAAAGCCAAAGCGAAAGGACGGUAUUGCCCCCAACAUCGCAGCUGUCGACCUUGGCGACAAAGCACGAACGAAAGUGAACCGCGGGAAGAAGCGAAGUGUUGCUGACUUUGUCGCCGACCGUGGAGGCAUCCGAGAAGCAUCCCCCAGAAGGGUGCACUUCGGCGCCGGCGAUUUCUCUGUCGGCUUGGGGUUGGCGAGGCGGGUGGGUUACCGCCCCGAGUCCAUUGGAGGCGAGUGGGGUGCGCUGGAACGUGGAGCUGGCUUCUCCAGGAAGGAGCAAGAGGAGAAAGAAGCGGCGGGCGCCGUCGCGGAUGCUGUGAUGGCCGCAGGCGCAGUCGGUGGAGGUGGGGUUGACCGCUUGGCAGAAAACAAAGACGACCAGCGCGCGGGGGAGAGGGUUGACCUUGCGGCCGCCGGGAUGCUGAGGCUUCACGUGUCUCCCGCCCCCAUAGCACGGGACAGAAAUGCCAGAGUAGCCGCGGCGGCGACGGCAGCGAUGAGAAGGAUGGCGGGUGAUGGGGCGUCAGUGCAGUCCUCAAACGCACCUGCUGCUACUGCUGCUGCUGCUGCACCCAAGGCUGAUAGCGCCAAGGAAGGUAAAGGCUCGGGAGCAAGUGCCGCUGGUGACGAUGAUGCUGUGAAGCCCGCCGAGCUAACGAAGGAAGAGCGGGCGAAGUUGGUGAAGAGGGCCCUCAAGAAAUACUCCUACUACCAGUGCCACUCCUGCCGCAAGCCGUACUUUGGUGGGCUUGUCAGUUGCGAGCCUGCUCCCCCUCCGGCGGGUGGUGGGGGAGGAGAGGCUUCGGUCGGGCCCGGGGUCGGGGCUGCCGCGGACGCGCAGGCGGCGGAGCGGGCGCUCGCUGACAUCAAGCCUUCCGAACUUCUCUGUGGGAAGUGCUCGGCGGGCAGUGGCGGUGCGAGCUGCUCCGAACACGGGCAGGAGUUCAUGGAGCACAAGUGCUACUGGUGCUGCCGAAAAGUUGCUUCCUACUUUUGUGGCGGAGUAAUGCACUUCUGCGACGCCUGUCAUUUGCACGGUUUCGCCGCCAAGCCGAAGCCCUGCCUUGGUGGUGCCCACUGCCUGUUCGGUGGUCAACACCCUGACAAGGCCAAGAACGGAGAACACGAGUAUGUGCUGGGAUGCGGCAUUUGCCGUCCCAAGCCGGAAGAAGGGAUGGGAGGGGUAGACCAGUGACGAGGCGCGGAAAUUGGCUGAACUGAUUGGUGGUAUGUGCCUCGUGGAUGCAAACCCUGCCCAAGGUAUACCAUGAUGGACCGCAAAUCAACCGUCUUGAUGCCACGCACAGGGCGGGACAGCAUGUACACCCCUCAUGUGUUGGAUGUCUCGUUCACUUCAUUCAACGGAAGAGGUUUGCUGCAGCACUCCUGCAUCGUCUUGAGCAUGCGUAGGUCGGGACACGUUGUGUAUCCCCUUGUGUGUUGCUUGUUGUGAAAGCAUUGAGCGUCGUCGACGUCUGCCUGUCUCAAAAGAGUUACAGUUUUUCAGCGGGCAAAAAAUGUGCAGACAGCGACACGCUCGUUGCAAAAAGUAAAUUGCUGCAGAGAAAUCACCCUCCAGACUUAAACUUGCCCAGCAUCUUGCUGAGACGCAAGAGGGCGGGACGGUGUGCCCCUUGUUGUAUGUUGUUUAUUGUAUACAGAACGUUUUGUGAUGAGCAGUCACAUGCAAAGUCAGAACAGCUGCGUUUCGGGUUAGUUAACAUACAACCAGAGCAGGGGUAAACCCCCCCGAAAUCGACUCCUCGGUCUCUUGCGUGUGCGGGGUGUCCUACCCCAUGGGGUUAGAGUGAUGUGUCGUUUGAAGCGUGCUGGACGUUGUAGUAGAUUCCGAAGAAUAGGAAACAGGGUAGGAAAUGAGCGGUUGGUGUGGUUUGGGAGACUUUUCCUCUGUUGUGGGGCUCGACCUACGUUUCGUGUCGUUGAUUGUUUGUGUGUUUCUGGUAUAUCUUCGUUACAAGAUGAACACGGGGGCAAUCACCUGCGCUCGCCGUGGACUUU